AUGGAAACGUUCAAGCCCUGCAUCGACAUCAACAACAACAACGAGUUCAAGGCCUACAAGCUCCUGCAAGGCAAAGGUCUGGCGCCCAGGCUCCUCGGCCAUCGCUCAUUUGGAAAGUACUACUUUGAGCUUGACUUGGAGUACCUACCACCAUGCACCAUCAACCCAACGGACGGGAGCGAGAUGCAGCUCUUCGCACGCGGGUUGCUACAGGUCAAGUUGAUCGAUUUCGAGUUCAGUCUCUCGCCACUGAGAAGCAGCACAGACGAUGUGGUAUGCCGUGGCACGCCAGGGUAUUGCGCUCCCGAGUGUACACAAGCUGAGCGCGACCGAGACUACACGGCUGUGCUGCGCAACGGCGGAGCAGCAGAUGUCUUUGCGGCAGGCCUUGUGCUCCUGGAGAAGCUGCUGGACAUUCAAUAUCUCUACAACCACCAGCGGGAGAGCGAGGCGCUGACGGCCUACCUGUCACAGCUGAUGGCCGAGGACUUGUCGCACAAGGAGCGAUGCGACCGCCUUGCGAGCAAGCUGAAAGCCCUGAAGAUGAAGCGCGGCAAGCGGCCGCCGGUUGUGUUGCUGGGUGAGGCAGCUGGCGCCAUGGCGCUGGACCUCGUGCACAAGCUCACGCAGCACUUGCCGAACGUGGGCGACGUGAGCGGCGACGAAGAGAACGGCCGCCAGCGGGGCGACAACAACGACAACGACGACGAAGCGGACGACGACGUGCUGGGCGGGAGCCAGGCGGACUACUACGGCAAGACACGGGAGAGCGCCGAAGGGCAGGAGAAGCCGGCCCAGCCGCUGGGCGCGAUCAACAUCGCCGAGCUGGAGCGCAAGUACGUCAUCAGCGACGUCACCCUCUUCAUCAAGAGCUGCUGCGUGCUGGUGGUGGUCAUCCUCCUCUUCUUCCUCCAUUCUUUCCUCAGUACGUAUUCUCCACUACGCGUGCAGUGUGUGUGGUGUGUGCGCGUGGUGUGCGUGAGACCGAAGGUGCAGCAUCAAGACCGGAGAGGCGCCUAUGGAAGGGUUACUUCGCAACGGCAACAAUGA